CGCGUCUUCCCUCCAAGAGCCAUGUUCCAGGCUGCGGGAGCCGCCCAGGCCACCACCCCUUCUCACGAACCCAAGGGGAGUGGCGGGGCCGGCACUGUCCAGCGUUCCAAGUCCUUCAGCCUCCGGGCCCAGGUGAAGGAGACCUGUGCGGCCUGCCAGAAGACCGUGUACCCCAUGGAGCGGCUGGUGGCUGACAAGCUCAUCUUCCACAACUCCUGCUUCUGCUGCAAGCACUGCCACACCAAGCUGAGCCUGGGCAGCUACGCAGCACUGCACGGCGAGUUCUACUGCAAACCCCACUUCCAGCAGCUGUUUAAGAGCAAAGGCAACUACGACGAGGGCUUCGGCCGGAAGCAGCACAAGGAGCUCUGGGCUCACAAGGAGGUGGACCCCGGCACCAAGACGGCCUGAGAGCCCCCUGGCCUU